AUGCCUUACGAAAUUAUAAAAACUAAUUUAGAAUGGGUUUCUUCUCUAGUCGUUAAUAAGCCAGUGAAAAACUCUCGGCCAAAAACCAAUAGUGUUGAAAUGUUAUCUAAAUUACGAAAUGCUGGUAUGAACAUUGUCAGAAUGAAUUUUUCACAUGGUUCUUAUGAGUACCAUAAAUCUGUAAUAGAAAAUACUCGUGAAGUGAAUUAUGGAACACCUGUUGCUAUUGCUUUAGAUACGAAAGGUCCUGAAAUUAGGACUGGCUUGAUGCGUGAUAAUGUGGAGAUUGAUAUCACAGCAGGUCAUGAAAUGACUUUCAGCACAGAUGAAAAAUAUGCAGAAUGUUGUGAUUCAGAUGUGAUGUAUAUUGAUUAUAAAAACAUCACUAAAGUUAUUGAAGUGGGUAAAUAUAUUUAUGUGGAUGAUGGUAUCUUAUCAUUCAAGGUUCUUGAAAUUCAUGAUGAUCACGUCAAAGUUCAUGCAGUCAAUGAUGGAAAACUUUGUAGUAAAAAAGGUGUAAAUCUUCCCAACACAAAUGUUGAUUUACCAGCUGUUUCAGAGAAGGAUAAGAAUGACUUACUUUUUGGAGUAGAAAAUGAUGUAGAUAUAAUUUUUGCAUCUUUCAUUCGACAUGCUCAAGAUAUUAUUCAAAUAAAAAGCAUAUUGGGUGAAAAGGGCUCUAAUAUUAAAAUUAUUGCCAAAAUUGAAAAUCAACAAGGUGUUGAUAAUUUUGAUGAAAUCCUUAAAGAAGCAGAUGGCAUCAUGGUUGCUCGUGGUGACCUUGGCAUAGAAAUACCUGCUUCGCAUGUAUUUGUUGCUCAAAAAAUGAUAAUUGCAAAAUGUAACAUUGCUGGAAAGCCAGUUAUUUGUGCUACUCAAAUGCUUGAAUCAAUGACGUUCAACCCAAGGCCAACACGAGCAGAGGUCAGUGAUGUUGCAAAUGCUGUACUUGAUGGAGCUGAUUGUGUUAUGUUAUCUGGUGAAACUGCCAAAGGAUAUUAUCCAAUUGAAGCAGUAAAGAUGAUGCAUGAAACAUGUCUCAUUGCAGAGUCAGUAAUAUGUUACCCACCACUUUAUAAUGAAUUACGUGCUAUUACACCUUUACCAACUCAAACUACAGAAACUAUAGCUUCAGCAGCUGUAUCUGCAGCACAUGAACAAAAUGCUGGAUGUAUACUUGUCUUAUCAACAUCGGGAAACACUGCCAGAUAUAUUUCAAAAUACCGACCUCGUUGUCCUAUUAUUACUGUGACCAGGGAUGAAAAAACUGCUAGACAACUUCAUCUUUCUAGAGGUUGUUAUCCUUUCAUUUAUCAUUUUGGAAAUGAUAGUGAUGAUUCCAAUUGGCAAGAUGAUGUAGAAAGUCGAAUUAGUUGGGGAAUACAACAAGCUAUUGAAUUUAAUAUGCUUAAAAGUGGUGAUUGUGUUGUUGCAAUUCAAGGCUGGAAAGGAGGACUUGGAAAUACCAAUACUAUUCGAAUUAUAAUAGCACCUUAG